AUGACCACAAACAUCGACGAGUUGCUCAACUCAAUUUUGAUGGAUGAACGGGUGUACCCUGUGUCGUACAUAUUCAAUUCAAUUUCUAAAAAAUUUGGUGAAAAUUUUAGGGAGCGGCAUACAUUUAUCGGUGGUAAAGAGAACAUAUUUGUGCCUUCUGCAAAAAGGAUCCUAAGGGAUAAUAAGAGUGCGAGCGAUUCCUUGUAUAUGGAUAAUCCAAACGGGGUUCUCGACGAUUAUACAGUGUUCAGCAAUGGCGUUACUGCCAAGGUCAAUCUCUUGGAGAGGAGUUGUUCUUGUCGGAAAUUUAACUUGGUGAAAAUGUCGUGCAAACACGUGAUGGCAGCUUUGCGAGCAAAGUACGGCGAUGACAAACAUUAUGGUAACUCUAUCUACGAGUACUCUUCGCCAAUUUAUAAAGUUGAAAGUUACUCCUCGCAUACUCGGAAGUAA